GCGGGGGAGAUGCUGAGCCUUCGGGGCGGAGGAGGCGGCGGCGGCAGUGGAGACAGCGCGAGGAGAGAGGCCAGGCAGGAAGGGGGCAGCCGGAGGCCGGGCUGGGUGGCUGGACCCGGUGCUGGCUGCGCUGCGCCGCCCUCGGCUCCGACGGGCUUCUCCCAUGCGCUGAGGGCGCCCGGCGGGGCCGGGCUGGCGGCCGGAGGAGAGGCUCCCCUCCAUGGUCCAGAAGACCAGCAUGUCCCGGGGUCCUUACCCACCCUCCCAGGAGAUCCCCAUGGAGGUCUUCGACCCCAGCCCGCAGGGCAAAUACAGCAAGAGAAAAGGGCGCUUCAAACGGUCCGACGGGAGCACCUCCUCAGAUACAACAUCCAACAGCUUUGUGCGCCAGGGCUCUGCCGAGUCCUACACCAGCCGUCCGUCGGACUCUGAUGUCUCCCUGGAGGAGGACCGGGAAGCCUUAAGGAAGGAAGCAGAGCGCCAGGCAUUAGCCCAGCUUGAGAAAGCCAAGACCAAGCCAGUAGCAUUUGCCGUGCGGACAAAUGUCGGCUACAAUCCAUCUCCAGGGGAUGAGGUGCCUGUGGAGGGAGUGGCCAUCACCUUUGAGCCCAAGGACUUCCUGCACAUCAAGGAGAAAUACAACAAUGACUGGUGGAUUGGGCGGCUGGUGAAGGAGGGCUGCGAGGUUGGCUUCAUCCCCAGCCCCGUCAAACUGGACAGCCUGCGCCUGCUGCAGGAACAGAAGCUGCGUCAGAGCCGCCUCAGCUCCAGCAAAUCAGGCGACAACUCCAGCUCCAGUCUGGGUGACGUAGUGACUGGCACGCGCCGCCCCACACCCCCUGCCAGUGGUAACGAGAUGACUAACUUAGCCUUUGAACUAGAGCCCUUAGACUUAGAGGAGGACGAGGCAGAGCUCGGUGAGCAGAGCGGCUCUGCCAAGACUAGCGUUAGCAGUGUCACCACCCCGCCACCCCACGGCACACGCAUCCCCUUCUUUAAGAAGACAGAGCACGUGCCCCCCUAUGACGUGGUGCCUUCCAUGAGGCCCAUCAUCCUGGUGGGACCGUCGCUCAAGGGCUAUGAGGUGACAGACAUGAUGCAGAAAGCUUUGUUUGACUUCCUGAAGCAUCGGUUUGAUGGCAGGAUCUCCAUCACGCGGGUGACAGCCGACAUCUCCCUGGCUAAGCGCUCAGUCCUCAACAACCCCAGCAAGCACAUCAUCAUCGAGCGCUCCAACACACGCUCCAGCCUGGCUGAGGUGCAGAGUGAGAUUGAACGAAUCUUCGAGCUGGCCCGGACCCUCCAGCUGGUCGCUCUGGACGCGGACACCAUCAACCACCCUGCCCAGCUCUCCAAGACCUCACUGGCGCCCAUCAUUGUUUACAUCAAGAUCACCUCCCCCAAGGUACUUCAGAGGCUCAUCAAGUCCCGGGGGAAGUCUCAGUCCAAACACCUCAACGUCCAGAUAGCAGCCUCGGAGAAGCUGGCGCAGUGUCCGCCCGAAAUGUUUGACAUCAUCCUGGACGAGAACCAAUUGGAGGAUGCCUGCGAGCACCUGGCCGAGUACUUGGAAGCCUACUGGAAGGCCACACACCCGCCCAGCAGCACACCGCCCAAUCCGCUGCUGAACCGCACCAUGGCCACCGCAGCCCUGGCCGCCAGCCCUGCCCCUGUCUCCAACCUCCAGGGACCCUACCUUGCUCCCGGGGACCAGCCGCUGGAACGGGCCGCCGGGGAGCACGCCGGCGUGCACGAGUACCCGGGGGAGCUGGGCCAGCCCCCGGGCCUUUACCCCAGCAGCCACCCGCCGGGCCGGGCAGGCACCCUGCGGGCACUGUCCCGCCAAGACACGUUCGAUGCCGACACCCCCGGCAGCCGAAACUCUGCCUACACGGAGCUGGGCGACUCGUGUGUGGACAUGGAGACUGACCCCUCGGAGGGGCCGGGGCCUGGAGACCCCGCAGGGGGCGGCACCCCGCCAGCGCGGCAGGGCUCCUGGGAGGAGGAGGAGGAAGACUAUGAGGAGGAGCUGACCGACAACCGGAACCGGGCCCGGAAUAAGGCCCGCUACUGCGCAGAGGGUGGGGGUCCGGUUCUGGGGCGCAACAAGAACGAGCUGGAGGGCUGGGGGCGAGGCGUCUACAUCCGCUGAGAACCAGGAGUCCCGCAGUGGGCAGAAGGGCUCGCAGCCCAGGGAGGGGCCCGCAGGGGCGCCCCCGGGGCUGUGUCCUGCCUGCAGGGGGCGCCGUGGCUCUCCUGGCCGAUGCCCUUGCUCGGUGGUGAGGGUUUCUUUAGGGGGGAGGUGUCACUCCAGCCCCCGGCAGGCCCGUAGGCACCCGCUGACGGUGUGCCCACGUCCCCGGUGCGCGGAAGGCGGGGAUGCCCACCAUUCUCACGUGGUCCCUCCCCCCAUCUUGUCUUCGGGCGCUUCCCUUCGCCCAGAGGAAAGGUGCGCUUGCUGACUUUAUGCCGGGCUCUGAGGGAGGGGCCUCAGAGGGUGGCCCUGCUUUUCCCCACCUGGGGUACCGGGGAAGAGGUGGCCGAGUUUCCUGGAGAGAGAGGCCGCAGAUUCUCUCCCAUGGAGGCCCUCCUCCUCAAGCCCCGCAGCCUGGUCCCUCAUCACGCCCACCACAUGCCCUUGCCCCAGCUUCCUGGCAGCGCUGCCUGGUAGGUGAAAGCCGCGGAGGAGGAGCGUGUCUCCUGGGAGGGUUGGAGGGAAGGUGAGUGGCCGUCAGAUAAGGCACCCUCUGCCCUGCGCGGCCUUGGCAGUGCCCCCCACCCCCACCUCCCUGCCCCAGCCUUCGCCCACCCCUGGAAUGAGCUUUGCCUUCAACAUCUCCCGCCUGCUGCCAUCAGAAGAGGGGGCCCCUCUGCAUCUGAGCUCCCCACCCCUCUCCCUGUGCCACCUGGGUAUGGUGCCCAUAGAACAUUCUGGUCCCUCUCAUUUUAAACCAAAAAAAAAAAAUCUGCUCGUUCACCCACAUCUUGGGGUCCCAGGGCUGGUGCCCAGGAGGUGACCACCACCUCAGGACCUUCGGCCUCCUCUGAGGGGCUUGGCUGCUGCUGCUCUGACCCUGUUGUCUGCUUAUGUCCACCCCCCCAAUCCCUGCCCAGGCCUCUGUACCCGCCCCACUGGGGUUCUUGUGCCGCACGCACCUGCCCAGCAGCCCAGCAGCCCGGCUGGGCCAGAGAGAGCCGAAUGUGCCAACGAGGACUGGGCCCUGCCCGGCUGCCCACCUCAGGGAUAGGCACUCAUGCCUGUCUCGCCACCUCCUGUGCCAAUGUUGUCCCACUCCCCGCCCCGGGGGUGGGGUGAGCUUUCACUCACCGGUUAGAAGACAAGACACCACUGCCCAACCUUUCCCCCUCCCAGUCUGGUGUCCUGUGCCCCCGUCUGUCUGUCUGUCUGUACUCCAGGAGUAUUUUGCCACACAUAAAAUCGCCGUCCUGUCCUCUGCGGCCACCUCCCAA